AUGACGUGGCUGGCCCUCCGAUCAGCCGCCUUUGCGCGGGUGCCAGCUGCAACGACGUGCCGGUCGGGCGCCCGAUUCUACUCCGGCGCAACGACCGGCGCCGGCCGCGUCUCGGACCCGCUCCGGAUCCUCUUCUGCGGCUCGGACAACUUCAGCUGCGCGGCGCUGACCGCGCUGACCGCGGAAGGGAAGCGAAACCCGGAACUGAUUGAGUCGCUGGAAGUCGUUGUUCGGCCGAGCAAGCCGUCGGGGAGAGGGAUGAAAAAUGUUCGUGAGGUUCCGUUGAAGACCCUCGCUCAGCAACUCAGUUUGCCGAUUCACGUGAGAGACACGUUUACCAAGUGGCAGCCACCUAGCGACUUCAAUCUCAUCAUUGCCGUCUCUUUUGGUCUUUUCGUGCCGCCGAGAUUACUCAAGAUGGCAAAGUACGGAGGGUUAAACGUUCACCCAUCACUGCUCCCAGACUUCCGCGGUCCCGCGCCCCUCCAACAUACGCUUCUACAAGGGCGCACGCACACAGGCAUCACGCUUCAGACCCUAGAUCACAAAGACUUUGAUCACGGUGACAUUCUGGCUCAGACGCCGCUUCCAGGCAUCCCGAUCCCGGAAAACUGCAGCACGCAGCAGCUGCUCGACAUUGUCACACCGCCGGCCGCCGAGAUGCUCGUCGACGGUCUACAUCGAGGUCUCCACGUCCCUCCGCACGUGAACGUCGGCUGGAAACAAUCCACCGGGGGGUUCAUGGAGGACUCAUUCGGAGCACCUCCGCACGCGCCGAAGAUCACAAACCACGACCGUUGGAUUGCUUGGUCGAAGUGGACCGCCGACGAAAUUGCGACGCGGCAGCGCGUGCUGGGCGGCGUGUGGUCCUCUGCAAUCAGCCAGACCACGGGCACAGAGAAGAGGGUUAAGUUGGGACGGGUGGACUCCGUACCCCUCGAGGAUAUGCCUGAGCAUAUUAAGCAGUUUAACAGACGAUUGAGGGAGUAUAGGAAAGACCGAACAAUUGCAGACGAUGCCUCACCGGAGGAUGAUAAGAAGGUGAAGUCUGUCAAUUGGAUUCAGGGGACGCAAGACGGGUGUUGGAAAGUGCUUCAGCGUGCCUUUUUUGAGCACGAGGACGGGAGGAGCAUUUUGAUUCCCCUUGUUGAGGGCGACAAGGUCCUCAAGGUGUCGACCAUGAUUGUCGAGGGCUCGGCGGAACGUACUGCUGUGAGCGCCAUUAAGAGCUUCGCCGUAGUCGGAGAUGACUACAAUAACGGCUUCACUGGAAGGCGUUCGGAAUUCACCCUUGUCCCCUUUUAG